AUGGUAUUAAUUAAAUCAGCUCAGUACAAGUUCUACCGUAAAGCAGUCAACCGUGAGCGAAAAUCAUGUAAAGCUGUCUUCUAUGAAACCAAGGUACAAAGCAUGAAAGAAGAAAAUCCGAAGGCAUGCUGGAGAGAAGUUAAACGUUUGUCCGGUGCACGCUCGCAUUCUGUGGCCUUAUGUAACCAUAUUCAUGCGGAGGGUGCUGAAGAGCUAUCUCCACAGGAUCUGGCGAACGUUAUCAAUGAAGCGUUACUAGAAUCAAUGGAAGAAAAUCGUCUGUCCCGCCCACUGGCCCAAAUCCUCCUAGAAGGGGACUCAGCUCACCUCCCGGUGGUAUCGGGUUGCGCAUUGCGAGACUCUUAG